AUGCAACUAAUAAAAAUAGCCUUUAUUAUAAUUUUACUCAUUUCAUCGAUUUCGGCACAAUGUUUUCAUCACCCGAAUAAUAUCUAUGCAUCAUUAGAAAUUGUGGAAUGUAAUUGGAAUUCCGGCUUAGAUGUCACGGAUACGUCAUCACAUCAAGAAGCGUCGGAAGAAAUGUUUCAAGUACAAUUUAAUUGUGAGAUUGGUGAUAAAGUAACUUGUGAUAAGGUACUUGGACAAUUUAAGAAGGCGGCAAACAUGAUCACGUCAACAUUUAUAUUCAAUACACCUAUUAAAGUGAACGUCAGUUAUUAUGAUUUUUGCACAGUGUAUCCAGCAAAUUUGUGCGGGGAUUUAUCAGGAGCGGCGUACCCAUCACAAUUUUACGCAUUACAAGAUGAUGAUGGCUUAACUCGAUUGUAUCCACAAUCAUUAGUAAAACAAUUCAAAUUUUCUAAUGCUCCAAAAUAUAAUGAAUUUGAUAUCAACGCGGAAUUUAAUUCGGUGUCGAAUUUUUGGUUUGAACAAGAUUCCAUAAAAAUAAAUCCUGAUCAAGAAGAUAUUUAUUGGACAAUUUGUCAUGAAUUGAUUCACGGUUUAGGAUUUUAUAACAGAUGGAUGGGAUAUCAAAUAAAUCCAAUAGCAUUAAUCCCAACGACAGCAUUAAUAAAUCCUGAUGGGAGCGUUCCUAGAAAUAAUUUAUUUAAUACGAAUUCAUCCUUUGUUGAAUUUAUGAUGGACAAGUACACAAUAUUACUUUCCAAUGGUACUCAAAUAUCCCUAUUCACUCGACAAUUAAACACAUUCUUUAAUGAUCAUAAAUCAAGCGUUUUUAACGAUGUGUUUAUAAAGUCACCUCAAUUUAAAUUCGCUCAAGAAUUAUUGGUACUUGCUACCACACCAAAUUCUCUUGGUCUAUUACCAAGGAAUUCAAGAAAUUUUCUCUCCGAUGCUUUUAUUUUAGAAACUUCUAUGCCUACUUUUGAACAAGGAACAAGUUUGAUUCACGUUGAUUUUAAAACUUAUAUAAAUACGAACGAUUUUUUAAUGACUUAUAGAUCAGUUGAUGGGAAUAAUGCCAAACAAAUGGUAUUAAAUGGCGGGAAUUAUUCUGGUGGUCCGAUAGGACCUAGAUUAAAAUUAAUGAUGGAAACUUUCGGAUAUGCUACAGCUGAAAACCCAAAUCCGUAUAAACCGUUGCCAUUUAAGCCAUCUCCGACUCCUGAUGUAACAUCAAAGUCAAAUGAGACUAUUAAUCAUAACGCAAGCUCUGGUUGCACAUUAUAUAUUAUUAAGAAAAAUUAA